AUGGGCGACGGAGUGAUCGCUGCACAGGUGUGCUGGAAUUGUAAGAAUGGCAAGAGGAAGUGCAGCAAAGACUUGCCUGCUUGUGCACGAUGUGCAAAGCUAUUAUUGAAGUGCGAUUAUGAGUAUAGUGCGUCUGAUCUGAACCCUCCAAAGACAACAGUACAGUCGCCGGCCUCUUCCGUUGAGGGCUCGAGUCUUCCUCAGCUUCAGACUGCCGCCAAACUGACGUAUGCCUUGUCGGACGGAUGCCCGCGAUCGAUGAAAUUGGAAGCGUCGAUCCCGACUCAGGUUCUUAACAUUAUCAUUUCCAAUGGAGAUGGCGUCCCAUCUGUGACAUCCACCUAUUUUCGGACCAUUGAUGUCUGGUUACCUGUCAUUGACUCCGAGGCCUGCGUGAAGCGACUCGAAACAAUUACCCAAGAUAACAAUGUGGAGCUUUCCUCACUCCUCCUCGCCAUGUUCUUAGUAACUCGACCCCCGGGAAACAACAGCAGCUUCAGAGAAAUGCAGACCCCACUCUACUAUGAAACGAAAACUCUCUACUCGUUUAUUGUGUCUUCGGGGAGAUCGACAAAGGAAGUCAUCCAAGCGGGACUCCUCAUUUCGCUGUAUGAGAUUGGGCAUGGUAUGACCGAGGCUGCUCAGGUCACGAUUUCCAUUUGUUCAAGAAUGGCAAUGAAAAUGAAAGCUGUGCAGUAUCGGAACUCUUCGCGCAAUAUCCAGAACACUGAAUUCGGGAGAUUGUGGUGGGGAAUUGUCACUCUGGACAGAUACUUGAAUCAGGAUCUUUCUCCCGAUGAGAUCCAUCUCUUGGUUGGGAGUUGGAGUGAUGCCGCCCCAGCAAUGGAAUUGCCAGUAGAUGAAGAAGCACAAUCUGGACUUCCGCCACCCAUAUCGAUGCGCACCACAUCUGGCAUUUCAGCCUCGAAUCAACCAACUACUCGGCUAGGACCUUUCUGUAGGGCUGCAGAAGCUGGACAUCUCCUCGGACAGGUACUAGACCUCAUUGCACAUUCGUCUUACACUCGGGAAAUGGAUUUCGAAAAGUAUCGAGCUCUCGAUCAUGCCAUGCAGUCAUUCGCCAUGGUACUUGUCCAGCAAGCCAUAAAUGGUUGGGAAGAAUGUUGUGCCGCUAUUGGUCUUGUCCUAAGUGCUAUGGUAUUACUCCACGAAAAGACUUGGAACUUGAUGGAUGAAUCACCUGGAUACAAUGCUCGCAAAGAAGCUGCUGGAAUGGCACUUGCUUCAGCAAUUAGAAUGACGAUCGACAUAUCGCGAAGAUUUCACAUGGAUCUCGCUUUCAUCGACCUUCCGGCCCUCCCUCUGCCAGCAACAUAUGCUGUAUACAGAUCAACGUUGCUGUACAUAAAGUUCUCGGGUGAUGAGUUCCAAAGUCCGGAAUGGUCAACGAAUAUGGACAGUCUCAAGAGUACCCUGGGUCAUUUCGGCAAACGAUGGAAUGUUGGUAAACAUUACCUUGACUUGAUCGACAUCGCCAUAUCAAAUGAAGCUCAUGCGCGGGCCCGAUCCGGCAGUCGAGGCUCACUGGAUGGCCAAAUACAGAUGAUGAAAAUGGAGAUUGGCGACUAA